AUGUAUCUCCUCCUCUCGAUAUUGCUAUUCUUUUGUUUGGCACUUGAAGCGGAUGCUUGGGGGCUGUUGAGGCGGAUGAUGUUUGGAAGCUCGUACGGCUAUGGUAACUACCCAAGCUACGGUUACGGUUACCCCUCUUAUGGAUACGGCGGUGGGUAUGGAGGCUAUGGUGGCGAUUACUAUGGCUGCGGCUGCGGA